UCGGCACGCUUCCACCUGGCGCAGCGCGCAGACACUCAGACGGGGACAGGACCGGGAGGCCAGGAGACCCGGAGGAGGAGACCCGGAGCGGGACCUGCAGGAUCCGCGAUCGGGCCGCGGGCUCCCGACAUGCUGGGCACGGUGAAGAUGGAAGGCCACGAAGCUCCGGACUGGAGCGGAUACUACAGCGAGGAGGUCUACUCCCCAAUGGCCAGCGGUGGGAUGGGUUCUGGUCUGGGGAUGGGCUCCAUGUCCGGCUACAUGUCGAGCACCGGGACCACGUCAGGUUCCUUCAACAUGUCCUAUAGCGGCACUUGUCUCAGCCCUGCCCCUGUAGGAGCAAUGGGGAGCUCUGCUCCGGCGGCCAUGACGGGGCUGGGUGGGGGAGUGGCAUCGAUGGGCGGGGCCUUGAGCCCAUCUGGGAUGGGUUCGGUGUCGGCCCAGCAGGCCUCGAUGGGCCUAAACCCGUACGGCGCCAUGAGCCCCAGCAUGAGCCCCGGCAUGGCGUACGGCGGAGGGGGACUGAACCGAGCCCGGGACAACAAGGCGUUCAGACGGAGCUACCCGCACGCCAAGCCUCCAUACUCCUACAUCUCCCUCAUCACCAUGGCGAUCCAGCAGGCGCCCAGUAAGAUGCUGACGCUAAGCGAAAUCUACCAGUGGAUCAUGGACCUGUUCCCAUACUACCGACAGAACCAGCAGCGUUGGCAGAACUCCAUCCGCCACUCGCUGUCCUUCAACGACUGCUUCGUGAAGGUGUCGCGCUCGCCAGACAAACCGGGGAAGGGCUCGUACUGGACCCUGCACCCGGACUCUGGGAACAUGUUUGAGAACGGCUGCUACCUGCGUCGCCAGAAGAGGUUCAAGUGCGAGAAGAAGAUGUCGGCCAAGUCAGACGGCAGGAAAGAGCAGGGGGGCAGCAGCGGAGGCGGGUCUGCGUCUCCCGCAGGGGAUGCCCUCAAAACUCCGGGACUCCUAGACUCCUCGCUGCCCUCCUCCAGCCAGGCAGCUUCGCCCCCCGGGCUGGACCUGCGGGGAGGCAUGGGCGGGCCAUCUGACCUGAAGGUGUCCGGCGCCCAGCUCCUUUCCUCGCUGUCACUGCCCCCCCACUCCAUGGCUCACGAGUCGCAGCUCCAUAUCAAAGGAGACCCGCACUACUCCUUCAACCAUCCGUUCUCCAUCAACAACCUGAUGUCGUCCUCGGAGCAGCAGCACAAACUGGACCUGAAGGCCUACGAGGCCCUGCAGUACUCCUCCUACAACACCGGGGCAGGGUCCGGCCUCGGGGGGAGGACCAUGGAGCCACUGGAGGCUUCCUACUACCAAGGGGUCUACCCCAGACCACUCCUCAACACCUCAUAGUAGCUGCUGCACCUCCUGUUGGACUCUCUGCAUGCAGCCGUCAUAGACUUCCUGUUGGACUGAGACGGACUUCUGAACUCCUGCACUGUGACCGA